AUGGACGUUCUUUAUGUUUUCUCUGCGUUAUUUGUUCUCACAAUAUCAGCAGCGGCUGUACAUGUACAAAGCUCGUUAAGUCAUGACGGGAUUUCACUGGUACGAAGAAAGAGAGUUGCAAAAGCAAACUCGACGUGUACAACGCAGAAAUUACUUCAACAAUAUUCUCCCAUUGGCGCCAUUUUGAAAUCUCAAGAAGGUAAAAACAAGAACUUUUUCAACGUCGGGGAAGAGGCAGUGUUUGUUUGCAAAAAUGAUUACCGAAAGAGCGGCCAACUUCUCUCCUUUAUAUGCCAAGAGAACAGCACGUGGAAAGAAUAUUCUACAAAUCAAACUGGUAAGAAUUAAUUAUCUGUAGCUAUCUGUACUUCUCGGGAACUUCUAAUUUUAAUUGAUAUAAGAAGUUUGUAAAAGAGUAAGGUAUCCUAUUAAAUGCGAUUAAAAACUUUAAUCUUUAAAAAAAGUGGUGUGUGUGAAAUACAGGUUUAUCUUGUUCAAGUAACCCAAAAUACUCACUUCUCAUACAUUUAUACUCAAAGAAAACGAAGGUUGCGUGACAUGCAUAAAAGUUGAUAUUGUACACUCCUUCAAAUAAGCAACAUCAAAAGUACACGCGACCGGAAACUGCUGGCCUGUUCUAGGCGUUCAGAUCGUGGUGGUAUACUCGCGAAGAGAUAUGAGCAGGGAAAACAGCGAAGGCCUGGAACAGGCUAGUAAACUGCCGUUUAUAAGCCCUGAGCCAACCCGAGAUCAGGUUCUAUUUUCGUUUCCCUUCGUAAAUUAAGGAAGCUGCUAAAAUUGGGCUUGAUAUCAGGUUAGCCCAGGGCUAAUACUUCUUCGUAAGGGGUUUUAGAUGGGCUUAUUAACGAACGGGCUUAUACCCGUGGGGUUUUAUAACCAGAAUAGAAAAGCGCCUCGAAACCAGGAAGCUCCUGUCGAAACAAACUAAAGCAGCGCUGAUCAAAAUACGUUUUUCAUUUACUGCUUUUAAUUCAGCUUCAAAAGGUCGUAAUAUUAAUAUAAUUUGUUUCAAGAAAAGCUACUGAGGAGGGGGGUGGGGCACUUAUGAGCGGCUGAUUAUUGGGAUGCGAGAGUGAGGUUUUCCAUUUUCAUUACAUUCACCACUAAACCGAAUGAUUUUUUCAGUCUCCUUCACUUUUUUGUUCAUCUUAUCUAUUCUUGAACAAAUAAGAAAUAGUGCUCAUAUUCAGACGAGUUCAGGUCUACACAAAAACAUAAUAAUUACAUAAUACAAUACUGGACUUGCAUCGUUUUGAAGAAUUUGCCAGUAUAACUGAAAACUGUGCUCCUGAUGAUCACGUAACAUUUUCAUUGCUUGGCAGGUUUCUGUGUUGUAAAACGUUGCAAUGUGGAGAAGUUCUCGUGCAAGACUGUGAACACCAAAAUAGAUGGUUGUAAACGAUGUGAUUGUAUUUCUGAUUGCACAGACUCGAGCGACGAAGCAUCCUGCGGGCAUGUGUCCUGUGCACCAGUGGCGUGGAACAGAGUGGACAGCUCUGAUCCGAACGGGCUUUCACUGAGCCUGGAUUCGACGUAUUCACCCACAAUAAAGAUACCAACCACGAAGAAAGUCACGGCAUCAUCAAAAUCAACCACACCUACGGUCGCUAUUGUUCUUUUUGCAUUGAUAUUAUUUGCAGCUGCUUCUUUUGUGGCCUGUAAGGUAGGCAAACGCAUCAUCGGACCCACAUGUAGCUUUAGGUAUUGUCUUGCGCUGGUUUCACGCCGUCCUUUUUCACCAGAAUCACCAUCCAAUUCUGCAGAGAUACCUCCCGAACGAAGACCAUUACAAGAAAACACUAACCGCUCCUGCUCUAGAGAAGGGGCUAGAAGCACGUUGCAAGCCAGAUACUUGGGAGAUGAAUCGGACGAGUCCUUUCGCGGAAGUUCAGAUAACAUUAUCUAG